CCAGCAACAACGAUGCGGAUAUCAGAUAAUAUGCGCGUUAAUUUUAGACUUGUCCACAAUUUUCGCAGUGUCCCUGACAUCGUCGACAUGAUAACAACAAAAACGAUAUUAAUUUACGUCGUAUUAUGUGGUUUUAUUGGGUAUUCCGAACAAAAGGUUAGAGUUAAAACGCAAUAUGGGAGUGUAAAGGGAAAAAAUGUUUACACCGUUGGUAAAGGAAAAGCUUAUGUGGCUUUCCAAGGUAUUCCUUAUGCUAAACCACCUUUGGGGGAGCUUAGAUUUGCGGCACCAGUUUCUUUUGAUCGUUGGGAUCAUGUUUAUGAUGCGACUAAACCGAAAAGUACUUGCGUUGAGUUGUACGAAAAUAAAGGAAAUGAGGAUUGCUUGUAUUUAAAUAUUUUCACCCCGAACAUAAAUCGUUCUUUACCAAUAAUGAUUUGGUUCCAUGGAGGAGCUUUCGUUUUUAUUUAUGGGUCGCAUACUCUAAAUGGUGUUGAUUAUUUUAUUGAGGAGGAUGUAAUCGUUGUGACGGUUCAUUACAGGCUUGGAGUGUUUGGGUUUUUGAGUACUGAGGACGAAACGAUUCCUGGAAAUUUUGGAUUGAAAGAUCAAUUAAUGGCGGUUGAGUGGAUCCAUAAAAAUAUCCAUCAUUUUGGGGGUAACCCAAAUAAAAUAACUUUAGUUGGGCAAAGCGCGGGGGCUGUUUCAGCCCAAUAUUUAACGAUGCAUAAAAGAUUGGAAGGAAAAAUAAGCGGGAUCAUCCAACAAAGUGGUUCUGUUUUGGUUCCUUGGGCCUUAUCGAGAUAUCCUAGGACAGGGGCGUACGUUCUUGGGGGCAAAUUAGGAGUUUCAACAACUGACUCAACAAUUUUGUUGAAAGAGUUAAGAAAAAAAUCGACGGAGGAGUUGCGAAAUGCCUCAUUUAGUACUCACAUGGAAGUUGUUUUUGGCGGUGGAACUUUUAAUAGUUUGCUUUUUAUCCCUGUUAGGGAACCCCCGCAUAAAGGAAGUUAUUUCAGUUCUAUGGCGUUCGAAGAUUUAAAGAGAGGCGAAUUUAAGAGAAUCCCAAAAAUGAUUGGGAUUAAUUCCUUGGAGGCGGCGUUCAUGAUUGGAGAAUUUCAAGCUUUUAAUAAGUAUUACCAAAAUUAUGAUCAAAAUAUAAGGAGGUACCUCCCAAACGAUUUAAAUUCAAGAAAUGAACUCGCAGCGAAAUUAAUUAAAGACCAUUACAUAGGAAAUCAUAGUUUUACCUCGAAUAUAUCAAACACGGUUCAUUUUGCAAGUGAUGACCAAUUCGUUAGACCCAUCUUAAAAGAUGUUUACUUAGCAUCCCCAUUCGCUAAAACUUAUCUUUAUCACUUCACUUAUCAAGGGAAUUUGGGGAAAAGAAAUCGAACGUUAAAUGGGGUCGAACAUGGCGAAGAACUCGAAUAUUUAUUCUACGGGAAACACCAAGGAAAUAUCGAUAACGACGAUAAAAAGAUGCGCGAAAAAUUAGUUAAAUUAUGGUGCAAUUUCAUAAAAACUAGCAAUCCAACCCCAUCAAAAGACGACCUAUUUAACAAUCAAAUUUGGGAACCUGUAAACGCAGACACCGACCACACCACGUGCUUUGAAAUCGAUAAAAAAAUCAAUAUCAUCGAAAACCCACAUCGUGAAGACGUCGAAUUUUGGGAAAAAAUUUAUUCUGAAUAUGGAAACAGACCUUUUGAUACCUAUUAAUUAAUUUUUGCACUUUAAUAAUUUAAUUUAAAUAAAUGAACUUAAGAUGUAAAAAUAAUCUUCCCUGUCGUACAGAACCCAUUGAAUCUGUAUGAAUAAAAUCUAAACUUUUU